AUGUCGCGCAGUCAGCUUUCCAUCGACUUGGAGGAUUUUUUGGGUUAUCAGGCCCCUGUCCCCACCGACGCCUUUGUUAUCGGUAUCCGACCGCGUGCACCUCUUCAGCGAUGGCCUAAGCGUGCCUAUGACGACAAUGGCAGCGACUUUUCUGACCUUUCGUCGUGGCCGAACUCUGUCGUUGCGCCAAUCGGUGUGUGCAGCCGACGGCGACCACGAGAGCUGCCGUAUGAGCCACAGGAGGAUCCCGAAGCACAGCGUCGAGCCUUGGUGGCACGACCUCGUCGCCCACAUUCAUCCGAAAGCCGUGUCACUGUGAUUAAAGGGGAGGACAGCGCGAGCUCUGAGACCUCCACUCUUGGCACCAAUGCUGACGACGCCGAGCUACAGCGUCGUGGCGGGCCGCGCCGUCGGCUGGAGGCGAACCGAGAUCAGCUCAGUCGCGAGUUUAGCGAGGCUCAGAACAUGGAGCGGCAGCAGCAGCAGCUGAUUGCUAUGCUGACAAGCCGCCUCGAUGACAUGGAUGCCCGCUUUCAGUCGCAGGUGACGGAGCUGACGGCGAAGCUGGAGGAAGUGAACGUCAAUAUGGGCGAGAAAUACGACUCGAUUUAUAGCAAGAUGUCGGAGACAAUGGUUGCGCGGGCAGAAGAGGUGUCUCGACUGGAACAGGAACUAAGGGCAUUGAAGACGUCAAACGCCGAAGAGUUCAAAUCGUGCCGCGAUAGCAUCGUUGCGUGCCGCGCAGACUUGGCCAAGCUGGAGGGCCGACUGGAGGGUGUACUGUCCCGUCCGCCGCCACCGUCUGUUGUUGCCCCUCCCUCCCCUUCCUUGACCUCCCCCUCUCCGGUGCCGUCAGCGCAGCCGUCUUCUUCGCCAUCGGCGUUCAAGCCUAGUGGUGGCGCUUUUGGUGGCUUGUCCAGCUUCUCGUCGGCGGCGGUACCUUCUGCUAAUGCGUCCUCUUCGUCUCCCCCAUUUCCUUCGGCAGCAACCGUCGGGUCAGGAUUGGGCUCGGGUAUCUCGACGACUACGCGUAACGGGUUUGGCGCGAGCUCGUUUGAUGCAAAGACGGCAGAGUCCGCCCCAACCGCUACCGGAGCGCCUAACCCAACGGCCGACGCCGACGCCGCUUUGACUAAGUCGACAUCCACAAAGGCGGUGGCGCUUGAAAGCCCGUUUGCGGCCCAGUCAGUCGAUGCGAGCAGAUCGAGUAAUCCGUUCUCCUUUGAGGGCUCCUUGAACAGAAGUGCAGUCACCGCUACGAAGCUACAGGAGGCCGCAUCCGACAAUCCGGCAACCUCAACCAGCAUGGGCACGUUUGGUGGUGUGGGCAGCACUUUUCCUGCAGCUGCGAAUGCAGCUCUGAGUGCCGGGGAGGCCAAGCCGUCUGUGUUUGGCGGCAGUGUGGCAGGCGCGUCGCAGGGUGCUGGUGCGCCAGCGCCCUCUGGCACCACAUCCAUCGGCUUUUCGUUUCAAACAAAGGCCGCGGCACCGCCGACGCAAGGGACCAGUGCGACGACGAACGGAUUUGGAGUGGCCACUGCAUCCCCUGCUACGCCAUGCCCAUCACCUUUUUCGUUCAACACCGCUGGCGUGACGGCCGUUUCCAUGGCAGCAGGCGGAAAUCCAUUUAUGCCUGCGACAAGCGAUUCGUCGGGCUCUACGCCGUCACCGUUUGGCUGCGCACCGAUGUCCCAGCAGGCGCCACCGCCAGCGAACGGAGGCGCUUCUGCAGCAUCGGCACCGGCGACCGCCACUUCUUCGUUCGACCUGAGUAACCCGAGCGCGCGAGCACCGGCCAGCAGUGGAGGCCAUAGUGGCAGCCGCAGCAGCAGCAGCGGUCGCGGUUUCGGUGGUGUCGCUUUCCCUGCAUCCACCACACCAUCAACAGGCGUACAAAUGACACCCGCAGCAUCCUUUUCCUUCGGCACAACCCAAGCCCAUGAGCCGAGUGCGCCGCCCGUCGCAUUCACCAGCGCGGUUGGUGCCUCUUCGGUGUCAUCAACCGUACCGACAACCGGCCCUUCAAGCAGCGGAACUGCCCCUGCCUUCGGACUUAACACUGCUGGCAACAGUGGCAGCAACACCAGCGGUGGCGGCACUGGUGCUUUUGGCAGCAGCGCCUUUUCUUCCACGGGUGCUUUCCCGUUCUCCUCCACGACUUCAGGACCCACCCCGUUUGGUGGCCCGUUCGGCGGUGGGGGCGGCGGCGCACUGGCUCCUGCUUCUGCUGCCCCGGCCUUUGGAGGAUCCUCAAACGGCGCGUCGUCGAGCAGUUUCAGCUUUGGUGGCGCACCGACCACCGCCGCACGGGACACGGCUGGUGCUCUGGGCGCGAACGUAAAUCAACCGAAACCGCCCGUCAGCGCCCCAUUCGGCGGGGGCGGUUUCAACAACACCAACACCAACACCAACGCCUUUGGUGCAGCGGCAGAUCCGAAGGCCGCAUCUCCCAACGCGUUCUCUGGGCCUAGCAGCGCCGCCGGCGCAGGUGGUUCCAGCUCCAUGGUCGCAGGCAGCGGCGGAGGUGUGGGCAGCAAUCCGGUGAAUGGCAGUGCAGCGUCCACCCCAUUUGGGGCUAGCAUGAACAACAACAACGCCAGCAACUCCGUCUUCGGUUCCGGCGGUGGCGGCGCUGCUGGUGCCUUUGGUGGCGUGGCAUUUGGGGCGGCGCCUGCAAGAGGGCCGGCGCCCGUGUUUGGCAGCAGUCCGGCAGGUGAAAGCGGCCCGUCUCGCAGCGCCUUUGGAGCGGCGCCGCCGGCGUUCUCGCAACCGCUUAGCAGCUCUCCGGCAUUUGGCGGCGGUGCUGCUGCGACAGGGGUGAGGGGUGGGUCAUCACACGGGACGAGCAUUCUAGGCUCGAGUUCUCGAAAGAAGGCACCCAGACGCUACUGA